AUGGCCCCCCAAUCAGCGAUGCACUCAAUGUCGGUGAAUCUAGGGGGAUCCAACGAGCAGAUCUUCAUGGGUGAAUCGGAGCAUGACGAUCCCACCCGAGAUAUCAUCGCCAGGGGCAUCAUUACGGAAGAGCAAGCUCGAGGUAUUUAUGAACGAUUUAUGAGUGGAAGCAAGAACUUCCUACCCCUGUUCGAUCCGGUCCGAGACACAUACGACUCAAUUCGCUCACGAUCACUGUUCUGUUUCACCGUCCUAAUCUAUCUCGCCAGCCGAGCUGUUCCAGAUCUCCGCAGCAAUAAUCAUCUGCAGCGGGUGCUACAAGAUGAAGCACAGCGAUUGGCCGAAGAUAGUUUUUUCGAACGACCUACCAAGCUGGAAACCGUCCAGGGCAUGAUACUGUUGGCCGCCUAUUCGGAAAAAUCCUGGUUCUCGACAGCUCUCAUUCUUCGCACAGCACUGGAUUCGGGACUCGAAAAGUCGCUGGACACACUACUGGCCCAAACAACGCCACCGCGAAGUUACUUAUCAGCUACGAUUGAAGAUCGGGAGUUGGUCUGGAAGACAAGGACGUGGCUGAUCACAUAUACGACGGAGCUGGAUAUUGCGGCCGGUACAGGCAGGAAAUCGCGUGUCAAUCAGUUGAAUAUCAACACACUACGGAAGUUCCUGGACUACCCUCUGUCGAUGCCUAGUGAUAUGAGGACCGUUUGUGUGAUUGAGAUACAUCAACUCCGAGCACAAGCACGACAAAUCAUUGAUAGCACCACCGCCGCUCAGUUAUUGUCAACGGAACUACCCGCCAUCAUGGGCCGCUUGCAAGAGUGGUGGGAUACGUGGGACAGUAUACAUGACCAAAACGGAUUCCACGCUGGGGCUUUCCAACGGUCGAGCUUGAAGUACAUGCUCAACUACGCCCGCGUCUUCGUUCUCUGUGCUUCCAUUGCGCGGAUCCAGAAAAGGCCAUCGUCGGAUGUUCUCCCGGGCCCAGAAUCCGGUGCUGUGCUCGCACUGUGGAAGUCACUAGUCGAGGUCAUAACAAAUCAAAUGACGUUGUUGGUCAACGAGGCUGCAUACCGGUGCCAGCUCACCUGGUCUCCGACGUAUCCGGCGCUCACUAUUGCCUUUAUUACGACAUUUGCAGUUCGAGUGGCACGAUGGCAUCCCGCCUUGAUAGAUCAAAGCCUGGUCCUGCAACGAGCGCAGCAGAUUUGCGAGAUACUUAAGCAGCCGCCUUAUCCAGACAUACAUCGCACCGUAUCCAUUUUUGCCAACUAUGCCAGCGCACUUUUUGCGGAUCGAAGUGCUGCCUCGAACACCAGCGCUACAGUCACUUCGAAUGACGCGGAUGCUCUAUUGUACCCCACACAACCCACGAAUGACUCGAGGCCUGAAUUUGACCUAGUCACCAUGCCGCAUGACCAAGUCCCGGAGCAAUCAUCUCAGAGAAAUGCACAGACCCAUGGAGAAUCCUUAUCAGAGGAGACUCGACUUGCAGAACCCCGGUCUGAUCCUCCACUCGCGCGACUACUGGGUGAAAUGAACAUACCUAAUUGGACCCUGUCGACCUCCAUCGCCGACUCCUUCGAUCUCUUUGAGGAAGGACAAUCGGAUGUGUUUGAUUUCCUGCCUGCAAUGCCGUCAAUGACCUAG